AUGAACACCACACGGCAGCCAUUUUUCUUUAUUUUCGCGCUCUUGCUUGUCUCAUCCCGCAGCUUCCGCGCCGCCUGCUCGGCCAUGUCCUCGUCCCGCCCCUCCUCCGAGAUGGAGAGCUACAUCGCGGCGUACGCCGGCCACACGCGGCUCAAGCGGCUGCAGUUCAUCGCGCAGCACGAGCCCACGCUGCGAGCGGAGGCUCUGCGCAUCGCGGUGGAGCAGGCACGGCAGGGCAUAAACACGGCGCUGUACCAGGAGCUGUGCGCGACGGAGGGCUGCCCGGUGGCCCGCGACGACGCGUGGGUCGACUCGGUCGAGAAGAAGGCCUCCGCACGCCUCGACAAGCUUGAGUCGGACCUCGCGUCGCACAAGACGUCGCUGGUCAAGGAGUCGAUCCGGAUGGGGCACUCCGACCUGGGCGACUUCCACGCCUCGCGCGGCGACUUCGCCACCGCGCUCAAGUGCUACGCACUCACCGCCCUCGAGGCCAAGAAGUUCCGCGCCGCCGCGCGAAAGUUCGUCGAGGUGUCGGUCGAGCUGGGCACAACCUUCUCCGAGGUUUGCUCGGUGAGCGACGUCGCACUCUACGGCGCCCUCUGCGCGCUCGCCGCCUUCGACCGCGCUGAGCUGUCGGAGCGGGUGGUGAAGAACAGCGCGUUCCGCUCGAUGCUCGAGCUCUACCCGGAGGCGCGCGAGAUCGUGCACGACUUCCACUCCUCUCGCUACGCCUCCUGCCUCGCCGCCCUCGAGACGCUGCGGCGCGACGCUUCGCUUGCGAACGCGCUGGUCCAGUACUUCUCGCCGUUCGUGGCGGUCGACUUGUGCCGCAUGGCCUCCGCAUUCAACGUCGAGGCGCGGCUGCCUCCGUCCACUGCCUCGGACCAGGCGCUGCUCCUCCGCCUCAACCUGCUCCGCGCCGAUUUCGCCGUCAAGGGCAGCGGCGACUCGUCCGGCCCGUCGAAGUCGUCGCGGCAGGAGCGGGCCGAGGCGCGUGCGUUCGGAGGAGCGUGAGAUGCUGUCGAGACCGCCGCGCCGGCGGUCGGGGGAGGCCGAUGUUGGCCGCCGGUGCCGGCCGGUGCCGCCUGUUGUGCAGCACAACGUGGACCGUCCCCGCCCCUGUGCUCUGCUCUGGGCUUGCGCUGCUCCUCGGCGCAGGGGCGAGAGCGGGAUUGCGCAUACGUUCGUUUGGAGUCUUGUCCUCUUGAGAGCGAGGCACGCGAGGGGGCGCGGAGAGACAGAGAGCGGUGUUGGCUGUUUCUCUCCCCGCGAGCCAGGUGGACGUAGGAGGCGGUGCCGGUGCCUUCGCCCCUUCUCGUCUGCCGUCGCUGGAGAAACUUUCUUACGGUGUAGUAACUUGCCACUGUUACAGAGGGACUCUAUACCU